AUGAACAUUUUAUCAGUAGUAUAUAAUGUUGAAGUAUUGUCAAAUCGAUCUCCAUCUGUUGAUAAACCUAAAGUUCAACAAUCAUCUGAUCAACUUACUGGCAUUGGAAAAACUGAAGUGGAUAUUAAAAUUACUGAAGCUUUAUUGGCAAAUGCAAAAAAAGAUCAACCGAUGAAAUGGAAUCCUAUUUAUGAAGAUCCUCAAUCAAAUCAAUACAUACAACUAACUAUUACUAUCCGUCGCUUGAUUAGAAAAUUGGUUAAACUGGCUAUUCCACCAGGAUCCGAUGAUGGAACAUUUGGAAAAAUUAUACUUUCUAAAGCAAAUAUUCAGUUUUCAGAAUCUAAAGUGUUUCAUGGAGUGGUAGCCGCGCUGUCAGCGAAGUUUUUAUAUUCUAAUGCACAAAAACUAAAUAUCGAUUCAAUAAUGGAUAAGUUAAAAUCUGAUUAUGUUCGUAAUAACGAAAUAUCAUCCUUGAAAAUCACCCAACUUAAAGUGAAUGUUACAACAGAAAACGUGGAACAGACCGAUUCAUCUGAACAACCAACAACUGAACUGCAAGCAGUGAACACAGACGAAAGUUUGUCAUCACAAAAUGUACUGCCCGAGGACGAAGUUACCACUGCCAAUGUGACAGGUGGACAGCAAGACGGAGGGAGCACAACACAGACGGAAACAGAAACAAUAAGUCAUUCAAUGCCUCCACCAACUGAGCAUCCAUCAAUUGAAGUUACAACAGAAAACGUGGAACAGACCGAUUCAUCUGAACAACCAACAACUGAACUGCAAGCAGUGAACACAGACGAAAGUUUGUCAUCACAAAAUGUACUGCCCGAGGACGAAGUUACCACUGCCAAUGUGACAGGUGGACAGCAAGACGGAGGGAGCACAACACAGACGGAAACAGAAACAAUAAGUCAUUCAAUGCCUCCACCAACUGAGCAUCCAUCAAUUGAAGUUACAACAGAAAACGUGGAACAGACCGAUUCAUCUGAACAACCAACAACUGAACUGCAAGCAGUGAACACAGACGAAAGUUUGUCAUCACAAAAUGUACUGCCCGAGGACGAAGUUACCACUGCCAAUGUGACAGGUGGACAGCAAGACGGAGGGAGCACAACACAGACGGAAACAGAAACAAUAAGUCAUUCAAUGCCUCCACCAACUGAGCAUCCAUCAAUUGAAGUUACAACAGAAAACGUGGAACAGACCGAUUCAUCUGAACAACCAACAACUGAACUGCAAGCAGUGAACACAGACGAAAGUUUGUCAUCACAAAAUGUACUGCCCGAGGACGAAGUUUCCAAUCAUCAAAAUCUUGUUCAUUCAAACGAUUUUUUAGUUCCGCAUUACGAAUGUCAAACUUCUCUGAAUCAAUCUUCUAAUUGUGAUAAUUCUUCUGAUACAGGUUAG